AAAAAAAAUAAAACAAAUAAAACACAAUGCCCUGCUUUAUGCGAAGGAAUAGCAUAUCGUACGUCUCGCGGCGGGAUAAGCAAAAUGACAGAGAUGCCAUGGCACCGCGGCCAGUGCAUCCACGCGCCCUCAGCUACCAUGGAUUCCUUGGCGAGGGCUUUGUGCGCCAGCAUUUGGUGGUCGACGAGCGUUGGACGCCCAACUCCUUGUCCGAACAGUUUAGUGGCAUGUCCGCACUGUUGGACCGUUUUGCGAUCUUCAAGCGGCACGAGACAAUGGCCAAUCGCCAGCUCUUAUUUAAGGAUAAUAAGCGACUUAAGUUGCAAUGCCGCCUGGGUCGCACAAAGCUGAUCAACAUCGUAACCGGAGAUAAUACCCACAACAUUCGCAACCUGUUGAUCAAACACAGGGAUAUGCAGCGUCUGUACCAGAAAAUGCCCAUUCACCUGAUUGCGGACAAUAUCAAUCAGCGUACAUUUGUGCUGCGCAAGGAGCGGGAUCGUCUCGAGUGUCGAUUGGGUCAGCUAAAGAGUCGGUACAGAGAAAUGCUGAUUGAUCGUGCACUUCUAGAAAACCGCAUCAAGUUUCAGAAUGAGUUUGUCUUAGAAGAGGAGGUGAAGUCGCAAGGGCUCAUCAAGAGGAUUGAAAACUCGAAUGUUCGCCUGAAGGCCAUCAAGGUCAUUAACUCUACGUAUCAGAAAAUGGUGCAGGUGCUCUUGCAGGAUGAAAUAUUUUAUGAGCCAAUUUUGCGCUCUCUCGACGACGACUUGCAGGAUCAGGCGAAUUUUAUAAAGCACAUACUCUACCUUGGCAUGCCAGCGAUAGCCAAGUUCGGGGAGCUCAACGUGCAGUAUCGACAGUUGGAGGCAAAGUCACUUAAAACUCUUUUGCAAAAGCAACAAUUACUGGUCUCAUUAGCCCAAAAGCCAGCUGUUGCUAGGAAACCAACGCGUUUUCAGCCCGAACAAGAGCUCUCUGCAACAGCAGAUCCCAAGCGUUAUUUGCGUGAGACGCACAGCAUGCUGUUGCUCAAGAAAGUGCUGAAUGUCGUCGAGAAGGUCAUCAAGGAGGUAAAGCUUAAUACACUCUGCUCCCAGGCCAGGGAGAUUUAUCCGCGCAUGAAGAGCCAGGUGGAGAACAAUGAGAAUAUACGUCGGAUCGCAGAGCGCGAGGGGAUGACUCGAUAUGCGCUGGAGGACCGAAUGAAAUUGGCCUCUGUGCUACAGGACGUUUUGGUCAACAAUCUAUCCGAGGAGGAAAUUAACCGCCUGGAGUACAUUAACGACAUGAGAAAAGCUAUGAAAGAGGAGGAGAAUAUUGAGUUAAAGAUAAUGGAGUAUUUAAAGAAUCGCGGCGAUGCCUUUAUUAUGCUCCGCUUAAGUCUUUGGAAUCUUAUUGAAAUAUUGCGACAUGUCGAUCGCAACCCCCAAACUUUCCAGAGGAAAUAUCCGAACUCGUAUUUGAAACUGCCUCUUCUCAAAUUCGAUUUGUUAACCAUGUACGCUGCGCCGCCAGAGCUUUACAUGGAAGAUCUUGAGAAGGUUAUGAACGUGCUUAAGCGUAAACUAUAUAAGGUGAUGAAUCUCUUCAACGCGGACAUGGAACCGUCGAAGCAUAAGUGUAAAGAAAAGUAUCAUUCCACUUAUUUGGCCACCGUCAAUACUAACGCAUUCAUGGAUGAUGACGAGGAUCAGGCAGCAAUUGCUGAUGAUAUAAUACAGGACCAGAAGAUCAUGGCCAAUGUACCGAAUCGCAAGCAGAUCAAGAGCCUGAGCAACAGAACUGUCGAGCAAGCUAUCAGACGUGAAGAACAACUAUAAUGUACAAAAAUAUCUAUGCAUUUGUAUUUACAAUAAAUAUUAAUAUACAGCAAA